AUGGCCAAAAAAUCCUCUAAACAUAAACCAGAUCCCGAUAUCGAGGCAUCAGAUGAAACACCUCCACCGAACGAAGUGAAGAAAAAGCGAAAAGCCGAAAGCGAGCAGCAAGUAGAUGCCUCAACGGGCGAGCCGCUGAAGAAAAAGAAGAAGCGUAAGAGAGAUGCUAUGGAAGAGGCUGAGAAAGAUACAGGGGACGCUACAGCUGAAGCUCCGCCAAAGAAGAAGAAACAUAAGAACAAGACUGGUUUAGCUGAUCCGAGAGAGGACACCGCUUUGAGCAAUCAAGCUAGCAAAGGCUUGGAAUACGCGUUUCUACAAUUCCAUCGUCCAUACAAAUGGAAGUUCAAUAAAGCACGGCAAAACUGGAUUAUUAGGAAUGUGUGGUCAGCGGAAAAUGUUCCAGAAAUGUACCUCCCGCUAGUCACCAAAUAUCUUACGAACGUUCAAGGUGGAUCUCGCACCAAACUUAUCGAAACAUGCCAAUCUAUUCUCGACAGGCCUCAGAAGUCAGAAGCAGAGAAAGCAGAGGAUACAGAGAAGAAAUCUUCUCUCAAAGUCCCGGUACCUGAGCCUUCGCCAGUUGAGGUUGCUACAAUUGGCGAUCAACGCGCGCGAGCCCAAACCUUGCUAGACGCCCUUGCUUCGCCAACAGUGGUUCAAUGA